AUGGAAUCUACAUAUUGUCGCCUAUUUGAAGCAUUGAAAUCAAUAAAACCUGAAUUGAAUCCGGACACGAUUAUGAUUGAUUUCGAGAAAGCGGCCAUGAAUGCCAUUUCAAAAACAUUUCCAGUUACAAAAAUUCGAGGUUGUUUUUUUCAUUUUACACAGUCUGUUUGGAGACACGUUCAACAAGCUGGACUUCAACAAAAAUAUAAUGAAGAUUCAGAAUUCGCUCUACAAAUCAGAAUGAUGACUGCUCUUAGUUUUGUACCUGUAGCUAAUGUUGAACAGGCUUCCAAUGAUUUGAUGGAUACUAGUUACUACACAACAAAUGAAGAACUUUUAACUCCAAUGGUUAAUUAUUUCGAAGACACGUGGAUUGGUCGUAUGGACCGUAGGAACAGAAGAAAGCCAGCCUUAUUCCCGAUCAAUUUGUGGAACUGUUAUGCUUAUUUAGCAGAAAACAUUCCAAGAACAAACAAUUCUGUCGAAGGUUGGCAUAAUAGUUUUUCAUCCACAUUAAAUAUAAUUCAUCCUAGUAUUUGGAAGUGUAUUGAGGCGUUUAAAAAAGAAGAAUCAUUAAAUAAAAUCCAUUUUGAACAGUUUAUAGCCGGGUAUUCAAUGGGUGUUAAAAGAAAAUACAAAGACUUUGCUGAAAGGUUAAAAAAUGUGUGUGAUGACUAUCAUAAUAGAAUAACAGAAGAUUAUUUAAGAGGCAUAGCCCAUAAUUUUCAGUUAAAUGUUUUUGCAUAA